UGACAAGCUCUGCUCUGUAGUUCUCACAACCAGCACAAUGUUGUAUAGAGAAUUUUAGAAAGAAGUAAUGUUUAAAAUCAUGAGAACAUUGUUUUGCAAGGUUUUUCAUGAAAUCUGCUCCCCAGUGAGAUGAUGGCUCUACAAUUUGAUAGUGUCUCUUCAACAGUGAGGGUAGUUUUUUGGGGCUAACAGUUUUUUAUUCCGUAUUUGUGCAAUCUUUGCAUGGUAGAGCCCAUACCCAUGGCUGAGGUUUGCUGUAAUUUGAUUUAUGAUAAUAUGUUAAUGACUACUUUUGCAAUGUGGUAAACAUACCACUUUUCAGAGGAAAACAAAAAAAUCACAAAGAAUAUUUCAUUGCGUUACUAUAUGGAAAGCUGUUCUUGGAGAAACAGAUGAUUGUGCUCUACCCAUGUUAAAAGUAGAUCUAGGCCUACUGGUGUAUAUUUACGUUCUACCUGAGGCAUAUAUUCAGUUUAGUGGUAGUUUACUUUAUUUCUUUUUUCAGUAGUACAGUAAGAGAAUACCAGGAAAUUGCAAUUUAGAACACUAGGAAUGAAGUUAUUUCUUUCUAACAGUGAUCAAUGAAGCAAUUAAACAUAAUAGUAUGUUUUGUAUGAGAAUUAUAAAACUGAAUGAACUUUUUUUCCUCUCUUUCCUAUUUAAAGGAAGAGCCAAGGCUGGAUGUUCUGAUUAAUAAUGCAGGGAUAUUCCAGUGCCCAUACAUGAAGACAGAGGAUGGUUUUGAGAUGCAAUUUGGUGUAAACCACUUGGGUCACUUCUUGCUCACCAACCUUCUUCUGGGCCUUCUCAAAAAUUCUGCUCCGAGCAGGAUUGUGGUAGUAUCCUCAAAGCUUUACAAAUACGGAGAGAUCAACUUUGAAGACUUGAACAGUGAAAUAAGUUACAAUAAAAGCUUUUGUUACAGUCGGAGUAAACUGGCUAACAUAUUAUUUGCAAGGGAGCUAGCCCGUCGAUUAGAAGGAACAGGAGUCACUGUCAAUUCACUUCAUCCUGGGAUUGUCAGAACGAAUCUAGGCAGAUAUGUGAAUAUUCCUUUUCUGGCAAAACCCCUAUUCCAUUUGGUGUCAUGGGCUUUCUUCAAAACACCUCUGGAAGGAGCACAGACUUCUAUUUAUUUGGCCUCUUCUCCUGAUGUAGAAGGUAUAUCAGGGAAAUAUUUUGGGGACUGCAAAGAGGAGGAACUCCUGCCCAAAGCCAUGGAUGACUUGGUUGCAAGGAAGUUAUGGGAUAUCAGUGAAGUGAUGGUUGGAUUAUUGAAAUAAGUGCCAGAGACUAUCUACUGAAAAUAAUGCAGAUAACUGUGCAAUGCGUAUUUGCGACAGUGUAAUCCUCGCUUUACAUGGUGUGGGAAUACAUACUACUUUGCUCAUAGAUAUUAGAUGGAGGAGUGAUUUAUGCUGGAACUCAGUUUGGAAAUAAAUCAUAAUCUAUAUUUAAUAGACAGGAAUGUAAAAAGAUCUCAGAGUUUGAGGGUGUGAAUAUAACUUCUAAUUAAAUCUCUUUGGAAACUUGUGUUCUGCAAAUAAAAAUUAAAACUGUGUUAUGCAAUGUAUAUGCUUAUUUGUCGUGUUCCGUAGCUUGUAGUCAGAUUGGACAACGCAGGGUAUUGAUGGUGAAACACUUUUCCUGUAAAAAGACUAAGAAAAUUUAUCCUGAUAUUAAUAAUGGGAUUGUUAUCUUUUUGAGCCAUCACAAUGAAAAAGAGAGUGAACAGUUUUACUAGUGCCUUACACUGUAAUCAUUUAGGCCUCUGAGUGCCAGUGAAAGCUUUGUCAUCAGCCAUGUGGUUCAGUGGACAAGAACUCGAGCUGUAUAUAGCUCAGCUGUGAAGUCAACUUUUUGAAUAGUAUCAUUGCCAUUCGAUGAGUAAUAUGCUUUGUGCAAGCUGUAUUUCAUGUGCGCUAAACUUGUUAUUUCUUAAUAUGCACAGACACCCUCAAUUUCAUUUAAAACUUAGUUGACCGAUGUCUUACGGUCUCAGAAGCACUGUGCACGUCUUGAGUUGUAUCUGUGCAAAGUUCACAAAAAGACCUCAACCCAGACCAGAGUGAAGAGAAUAUGCUUGUCAAUACGUGUUUAGUUUGAUGGAUGGCACUUUAACUUAGUGAUGAGAUUAGAUAAGUCUGUCUAAUCAAGCUUGGUGAAUAUUCUUUAAUAAUCAAAAAUAAAAUAAAAAAAGACUUAACAGCAUUCUUUCACUGUGGAAGAUAUAAUUCAGAAAACAGCACUCUUGACAUGGUAGCCUUGUUUCACAGCUAAAAAGUUCACCUCUGUCAGUUUAGGGAGCCUCUGCUCUGUUGAAUUAGUAGGAUUAAAAUGGGCCCCAAAGAAAUAUAUGAAUAUUACACAGAGCUAUGCUGAUUUAUUCUUUUUGAAUUCAUAUAAUUAGUGGGUUUAUAUUAAUGUUUAUGACUUCUUGUUUUGCUCUGAAUUAAUAAAAUGUGGUAAUAGUUAAUUUAGGAUAAAUAGAGUAAAUAUAAAAGAAAAUGAUUAAGACUGUUCUAUCUUAUGAAAACAAAUUACUGAAGCACUAUUAAGUGAUGUGUGUCAUAGAUUCUUAUCACCUAUUUACAAAUACAUAUAAGUUCUGAAGUUCAGUCAGCACCCAUACUGUUGAGAUUCGUUCUUUGGUUGUUUAAUCAGAUUCACCAUCUUUUAACUUUAGCACAAUGGAACAGUAAUCAUCUAUCCAUCCCCUUGGAACAGUAAUCAUCUAUCCAUCCCCUUUGCUAGCAAGAAAAUACUCUGGGUGAGUGACUUGGUUUGUGAGAGGAAGAUCCCCCUUUCAUUCCAGAAAAUCACAAGGCAAAGCAGGAAACUGAGUAGGCUUUUAAGCAUGUCGAGUGUUGUACUGCUCAUUGAAAGGCAAGGUGUAGAGAUGGGAGUGUUGUCAAAGCCUUGGAUGCAAAGGUGGGACUGCAGAGAACACUGCUAGUCUGACAGUACUGUAGUAAAGAACUGCAGUGAAGCUAUCUGAAGUGCAGAGGAAUAUAUAACUUUCCAGACUGAAGAGCCGACACUAGCCUUCAAAACAACAAAGGCAGAUCUGCAUAGAAAUAAAGAGAUGUGGAAUAGUAAGUACCAGCCAAGUGAUGUGACUAUAUAAAGAAGUAAUGCUUCACAUACCUAGUGGGUGUUUAUUUUUAUUUUUUUCCCCUGAAACGUUGUAGCAAUAAGAACUUUUAUCAAAAAGUAGUUACCUUCCUGUAAUCAUAUCUAAAUCACAGCCCUUGUCCUCUAAGAGAGUGGUCACAUGAUACUCAAUGGAAUAUAAUAUGCCUGAAUGAAUAUUGCCACAUUUUGAAAAGACAGAUUGUUAGGAACAGUAGCAUCAAAAGGUAAGAUUUUUUCAACGCCAGACCUGAGUAAAAUUUGUCACCUUCAAGAUUGAAUGUAAUUUAGCCUCUGUGGUCAGGAAAGCUGUUACUGUUAAGACUGCUGUUAUAGUUUAUUUUAUAGUUUAUUUUUGUGAUGCUUUUGUUGUUUUAGUAUUAUCUAUGAAUUCCAGACCUUAUAGGCUAGCAGCUCUUUGUACAAUGCAUGUAAGUGCAAAACCAAAGAGGAGCCCUUGCCUCAACGAGCAGUACUGCUGACUUGAUCUGGAUUAGAACCAAGCAUUUUGGCCAAGAAAGUAUACUAUACUACAUUAGAUGUUAGCUCAGAUAUAUAUCCAUGGUUUGAAGAUUGUCUACUGAAUGUCUUUUCUUGGAGCUGGUAAAGAGAUUGGUGGCUUGCUCCACCCACUUCACAUUUCACCCCAGUGUUACAGCACUUCCAAAAAAGGUGGCAAGCUCUCUAUGUUACUAUUCUGUAACCCAUUUAUCCAGAGCUAUCUGGUGUAGUACAGCCAAAAGAGAGUCACAUUCCAGAUACUUCCCUCCACUGUCACCAGCACGUGAGCACCACCACCCUCACAUAAACUGAUUUCCAAUUGGAAGUGAAGACAAAACGGAAAAAGUAAAGGAG